CUAUCCGGGUGACCUGCAUGGGUUCCUGUGGGGUCUCCACCAAGGCCAACGAUGGGGCAUGGGUGGUGGAGGAGAGCUACUUCAACAGCUCCCUGUCACUGGCUGACAAGGGUGAGUGUGAGAGCCAGCAGUGAUCACAGGGGCAGCCCUUGACUGGAGGGGGUCAGCCUGUCCUUUCCCCUCCCUGCAACCGUCUCUUGGAUUCCCACUUUCUGGGUCUGGGUGGACUCUGAUGCUUAGUUAUGACUGUCAUCCCUGUUUUUUAUUUUAUUUUAAAAUUUGUAUUUAUUCACUUUUGAGACAAGGUUUCAUGCAGCCAGGCUGGCCUUGAACUUGCUAUUUAACAGAGGAUGCCCUUAAAGUUCUGAUUUCCUCCUUCCACCUCCCAGGGGUGUGCUACCAUAUGUGGUUUGCAUAGUCCUUGGAAUUGAACUAAAUCUUUGUGUGUGCUAAGCAAACACUCUACUAACUACAUUUCCAGCCCCACACUUUCGUUUAAAACAAGCCCUUGUACGUAGCCUGUAGCUCCUGCUAUGGUCAUGCUGCUAUAGUGCUGGAGACAGGUAGUGUGGACUGGUGGGCUGCACUGUUUACUUCUGGUCUGGCACUGUGGCCGCUAUGGAUUUCCUCUGGUUUGCUCCCACCUCCUUUUUGUCUCUGUAGGAAGUCUGCCGGCUGGAGAGCACAACUUCCCUUUUCAGUUCCUGCUUCCUGCCACAGCACCCACAUCUUUUGAGGGACCCUUUGGGAAGAUUGUACACCAGGUGAGGGCGUCCAUCGACACUCCACGUUUUUCCAAGGAUCACAAAUGUAGCCUCGUGUUCUACAUCCUGAGCCCCUUGAACCUGAACAGCAUCCCAGAUAUUGAGCAACCCAAUGUGGCCUCCACUACCAAGAAGUUCUCCUAUAAGCUGGUGAAGACUGGCAAUGUGGUUCUCACAGCUAGCACUGACCUUCGUGGCUAUGUGGUGGGACAGGUGCUGCGGCUGCAGGCUGACAUUGAGAACCAGUCAGAAGGUAUCCUAUAAGGCCAAGCGCUGGAUCUAUGAUGUGCGGACCAUUGCAGAGGUGGAGGGUACAGGUGUCAAGGCCUGGAGGCGUGCUCAGUGGCAAGAACAGAUCCUGGUGCCUGCCCUGCCCCAGUCAGCCCUGCCUGGCUGCAGCCUUAUCCAUAUCGACUAUUACCUUCAGGUCUCCAUGAAGGCACCUGAGGCCACCGUGACUCUCCCACUAUUUGUUGGCAAUAUUGCUGUGAACCAAACUCCACUGAGUCCCUGUCCAGGCCGAGAGUCUUCUCCUGGGACCCUAUCCCUAGUGGUGCCCUCUGCACCACCCCAGGAAGAGGCUGAGGCAGUGGCUAGUGGCCCUCACUUCUCAGACCCAGUUUCUCUCUCCACCAAGAGCCACUCUCAGCAGCAGCCACUGUCGGCUCCCUUGGGUUCUGUGUCUGUCACCACCACUGAGCCCUGGGUUCAGGUUGGAAGCCCUGCUAGACAUUCUCUGCACCCUCCCUUGUGCAUCUCUAUAGGUGCCACUGUCCCCUACUUUGCAGAAGGCUCUGCGGGCCCAGUACCCACCACCAGCGCCUUGAUCCUCCCUCCAGAGUACAGUUCAUGGGGCUACCCCUAUGAUCCUUCUUUCUCCCCACAGAGGCCCCGCCGUCCUAUGAGCAGAGCUGUGGUGCUGCUGGUACAGACCUUGGCCUGAUCCCAGGAAGCUGACCCUGGUGUGCUAACCCAUACCACCUUGUUCGGUGGUUCUGGCCUUUGCCUUGGCAUGGAAUGUCCAGGGCCUCGUGCCUUUGCUCUCUACCUGGCUCAGCUACUCAGGACCUGCAGCUGUCGGGAUGACCCCUUGUGGACCAGCCACUCCUGGCUCCUCUGGAAUUACUCAGUCCUCCUCUUAAGAGGUUGGGGUAGGGCGGCAGAGAUCUGGGCCUGGAGAGACUGUAUAAAUAAAGCGCUUUAUUUGUAGA